AUGCGCGGUCAAGUGCGUCCUGCUGGCGCCGGCCAAGAUGCCAACAUCGAGCGCUUCCAGCGGCAAGUCGACGGUCUGACGGCUCAAAUGGGUCAGAUGCGUCUGGAUAUACCUGUGGGACCUACAUUAGGUGGAACUGGUGGAGCAGGUGGGGGGGAACCUCGCCAUUCCUCAGACGUGAGUAUGCCGGCAGCGUCACCAGGUACGUCAUACUCUGUGGCGCCUGCAUUUCAUAUGACAAGCCGGCCACCGAACAUUAAGGCUCUUACGUGUGAGCGAUUCGACGCCAAGCAACGCAAUCCCGGACAGAGCCUCGGAUUCAAUUUUGAAGACUUUGAGCAACGUUGGCAGCACGCGAUUGCAACCGAUAUCGCUUUCUACGGCAGCAUCUGGACAGACUAUCUGAAGAUGAUGCUGAUGGUAAAGUUCAUGGCCGCCAGGCUGGCCAAGCUGUUCUACGACAGUUAA